AUGGCAUCAAUCAUCAAGGAAGUCCUCAGUCAUCCUGCUCAACAACAUUCCAAUGCAUCUGAUGCAAGCAGUGGGUCUGCUUUGAAGGAUCCAAUAUCACAUUAUUAUUUUAAGUUUCGUGAGAUCACAGAUCUCAAUGGUUUGAUUGAGAAGCAUCUGGUUGAGGCAGGGGUUGAUCAUCAUUCUCUAUUUGUUCAAGAUUAUCUUGCUUGUCAAUAUUUAAUGAAGCAUGAACUGGGACCAGGUGAUAUAAAUUUAUCCAUCUCACUUGUGCUUCCCUUGCAGGAACUCUGUGAACAACAAGACCUACAACAUUGGACCCAGGCCAACCUGGCAAUCUGGCAAUCAAAGAAACAGGCAGAGGCUUACCAGCACUUUUACUUUUUGAAGAGCUCAACAACUGGGACGGAAGUGGGUGCCAGUUGA